GUUAAAUUUCUUUUAAGAUAAAUAAGUUAUCUCUUGGUGUACGCAAUCCACGUAGAAUGAUGUUGUUAUCGCCUGAGAAAGUUUAGAUUAUUUGAUAUUGUUGCAGGAUAGUGUUGGAGUGGCAGAGAAGCAGUAAAGUAGCCGCUGUACCACCGUCGGUCAGCGCCAACACCGCAUACCAUCGGACAACACCUUGCGCGUAUUGCAAACAAGAGGUAACAUGGCACCGAGUAGGACUUCCGUGUUAGGCGUUCUGACGACGAUUCAAGCUCUCAUACUGAUGAUGUUUUCAAUAUUUUUUAUUUUAAACGCCUAUUGUUACAUAGACUUCUUCCAAGACUCAAUAAUAGGCGUUUUGAUAAAAAUUAUGUACCUUCACGACCCUGGACUGUGUGGUACCAACAUAAAUAUCGGAGAAUUGGUAGACGGCAUGCCCAACCAGGCGUUCGUAAGGAUGCAGCAGGCACCGUUCACGUAUUAUCGGACAUUAUACAUAAAUUGGGCUAACUUUGCCGUCGCUAUUUUAUGGCUAAUCGCGAACGAGCUAAUGUUUAGAAACUGUGCGAUGUUUCCAUGGGUUACAAUUACGUUAUCGGCUUGUUUGCUAGAUUUUUCUGCGCUCCUAAUGUAUCUUAAUGAUUUUUAUGCGACUGAGAAACUACCGGAUCUACUGUCCUACAUAGGAGCAAAUGCAUUCGGCACGGGUAUGGUGGUGCUGGACACGACAUCUGUGGCCCCUGUAAUGUCUCUUAUCAUGUCCAAGGGCACAGUGUUUAUCAUCAUAAAUUCUGCGCUAAUCAUGUGGCAUUCUUUGAAUUACCGCGAACGAAAUGAUAACCUCGACGCGGAAGCCGCCACCCCGAGUCCCACCGGGUCGCCACUGCAUUUUGCACGGAGCAGCAUCCGGAUGCCGCGUCACUUGCCGCGCCCCAACCUUUACAGGAAUGAUCGUUUUGUAACUGCGUUGAAACUACGAGACAUUGGGGCCUCCAGCAACUCCGAGCGCGCCUCGCGACCCCUGCCCGGCCUCGCGAUCAGAGAACUCGCCACUGUGCUACCCCACCCGGACCCCACACCUACACCCAAACGGCCAGAACGCGCAUUCUCCGCCGAGGAUCUAAGAAGGAUUCGUGUACCGGACACCAUUCUGUCGCUGCCUCAAAGACUUGAAAAAUUGAUCGCUGAUGAGGCGAGGAAAUUUGAAGUGAAAUCUUCGGAUUCAUCUGAAAAUGGGUUCGGCGAUCGUAACGAAAGGACUGAGCGCAGCCAGGCGGGAGGUGUCGGCCGAGGACUUGUCUUCUUCCCCGAGUUGGCGUUGACGCUCCCUAAAGAUCUUGAGCAGACCAUGACCCACCAGAAGCGAUGUCUCGACAUCUAUACUUUUCAUGUUCAUCCUAAAUACAACGAUCCGUUUUCAACGUCACUUCCUAAUUUGACAGACGGGAUACAAUUUCCAGUGACGAACGAGCUUUACCUGGAGUACAAGGCGUGGUUGAGGGCGGAUUACAUCGCGAAAGGCGCAGCGCCGUGGCGGGCGGAGCGGGGCUACAACAGUCGCCUUCGAAAGCAGCUGCGCCCGCGCACGGACCCGCACCAUUUCAAUGUUACAAGACAGGCAGGGUCCAUGUUCAGAGAGGCCUCCGUUGAUCACUUGGCAUGGACUGGCUCCGGGAAACUGAGACGUUUGGUAUUCUCUUCAUCACAACGGGCACCACCGGAUGUCCUAUAUUAACUUGUAUUUCCUAAAUUUAAGAUAUUUUUUAGCAACAAGUUUGUAUAUCCAAUAUGUACGAUUGUUUUAACUUAUAC